AUGGUUGGUCCUCCGGCCUUCAGUGGUUUUCCACUCCCCUCUCUCCUGCUCACUCCACCUGCCAGCCAUGCCCACCUCGUCAGCCACGCCCACCUUGUCACUCACUCCCUUCACCUGCUCUCCCAGCUGCAGCUCCUCAACAAUCAGGACAGCAUAAAAGCUCCUCACUCCUGCACUCUCACUGCCAGAUCCCAGCGCCAAGGACACUUAGUCCCCCGAAGCCAGCUCCUCGGGUUCGGUGUGACCCGCCUGCCACAUCCUGAGGGCGACCACCCAAACUGUCUCGCCGUGUAUUUCUGUCCGACAGGGUUCGUGGGAGCCGUAGAUCCAAACCAGAGGAGGAUUGUUCUGGUAGGGAAGACCGGCGUGGGGAAGAGCGCGGCAGGAAACACCAUCCUGGGGGAGGAAGCCUUUGAGUCGGAGCUUUCUCCGUCCUCCCUGACGUCCGACUGUGACAAGUCCAGAGGGUUGGUGGCCGGCCGGCCAGUGGCCGUCAUCGAUACUCCGGGACUGUUCGACACAAAGCUCACCCAGGAGGAAGUGCAGAGCAGGAUCAAGAUGUGCAUUUCCCUGUCGUCUCCGGGUCCUCACGCCUUCCUGGUGGUCCUGCAGCUGGGCCGGUUCACCCAGGAGGAGAAAGAAACCAUCCGGAUGAUCCAGUCCAUGUUCGGGGAGGACGCAGCCAGAUACACAAUGGUGCUGUUCACACAUGGAGACCAGCUGAAGAAGCAGACCAUCGAAGGCUUCAUCUCCAAGAGUCCCGACCUGGUCGCCUUCAUUCAGAGUUGCUCCGGCAGAUACCACGUCUUCAACAACGAGGUUAAAGACCUCACGCAAACCAGCCAACUGCUGGACAAAAUCGACAUGAUGACGACGGCCAACGGUGGAAGCUACUACAGCAACAAGGUGUUCGUGAUGGCGGAGGCCGCCAUCGAGAAAGAGAUGGACCGACUCCUGAAGGAGACGGAGGUGGAGAGGCAGAGGGAGCUGGACGAGCUCAGGGUGAAACACUCGGAGGAAGUCUACCAACAGGUGGAGUCCGAGGUGAACCUCAGGUACCAGUUAGAGGCCCGGACCCGCGCGGAGACGUCCAACAACUUCCUCACCUCGUUUGUUAUCGGCGUGGCCACGGGCUGCGUCGCCAUCGGAGUUGCCAUGAGCACCGAAGCAGGUCAGAUUGGUCCGGCAGUCGGAGCUAUGGCCGGCACCGCCGCCAGAGCUACUGUUGAGGCGAUAACCGUGAAAGUCUCCGAAAGCUGCGUUCUGCAGUGAAGACAACACGACCUUCACGAUUCCUGGAAAGGUUCCACUUAGGAAAUCUGUUUUACUCUGCUGGGAUGAACCAACCUCACUUUCUUUAUUCUGAUACCACUUCCGGGUGUUCUGUCGAUUCAUGCUACCCG